AUGCAACUUCAUAGGUUGACUUAUCCUAGGAAUGGGCCCUCAGUCUUUUCUGGAUCUUGGCUUUUUGCAGUUGGAAGCCUCAAUUUUGUGUGCGAUCAAUCUGAAUGCUUCAUUGGAGACAUUAGUAAGCUUUGUAAACUUCUAAAUCCCAUUUAUGAUGUAGCUUUAAGUCCCAGCUUCUUUGCCUUUGGCACUGCAAUUCAUCAUCUGGCGAGUGCGAGUCAUCUGAAGAACACCAAGAGUUUUUUGUGGAAACAUGGUGGUAAGAUGGAUAAGGUGGAUUCAUUGAGGAUUUUGGAAGCAGACGUAGUAAAGUGGGAGAAGAAGUGCAGAUUACUUAAAAGUGAUGGUGCAAAUGAAACGACUCAUGGACCUCUGAAUGAUAUCCACAAUGAAUUCAACUCUAAAUGCUCAGACUUCUCUUCAGGCAGAGACAAUCAGACUCUGUAUAUGCGCUCACAGUUUGAGACAGUUCCAUGCAAUGCAAACUAUUUAACAGGUACCAGUAAUACUUAUGCUAGAAAAGAUUCCAUCAGUAUUGGAGGAGGGGUCCAUCUAGACGGAGAAGCGGUAAACAGAGAGAUUGUAAAUCAAGGCUUGAAUAACCUAACUAAAAUCUCCAUCCCUCUACAACAACAAGAUGGUCAAGGAAAUGUGCACUCAGGAGCACCACCUCCUUGGUUUGAUCAUCUGAAUGUUGGACUAAAAUCUGAAAGUCGGUCAAGUGGUUCUCUUUCGAAGCAAGGAGGGAAAAGUAAAUUGAACCCAAAUCGAGUGGGAGCUGCUUGGGCAGAGCAACGAAAAAUCGAGAUGGAAAUGGAGAUAAAGGGGGAGAUUGUUUUCAGAGAUGUGGAUCCAAACUGGCUUCCAAAUUUUGGAAGUGUUUGGCAAUCAGGCACCCGGAAGAAAUCUAGAAAAGAAUUUGAAUCUGAAAAGAAGAAAAAAUCAACU